AUGACAUGUAUGACACAAGAAUAUAAUAUUCAUUACUCAAAAAUAAGCCAUACGGUUACAGAUAAUGCAAGUAAUUUUGCAAAAGCUUUUAGAACUUUUUCAACAAGUGUAAAAUCAACUCAGUCAACUACUUUAAGUGUAGGUGAUUUAAACGAAGAUGGAUCACCCUUUGAGGAUUCAGAUGUGGAAACUGAAAAUAUAACUGUGGUACAUAUUGGUCAAAUAUUUACCAAUUCUGAGGAUCAAAAUAUAGACGAGUCAUUUUGUUUACCCCCACAUAUGAGGUGUUGUGCACACACUCUAAAUUUAAUAUCAACAACUGAUAUAAAGAAAAUUAAAGAUGCAAGUUACAUUAAUAUAUCUGAAUCAACAUUCAAAAAAUUGUUUAGCUUUUGGACUCUCAUUAGUAGAAGUACAGUUGCUUCAGACAAAAUUGUAGAAAAGUGUGGCUGUAAAUUUCCUAUUCCUGUAGUAACUCGUUGGAACUCUUUGUAUGACUCUAGCUUAAAAGUUUUAAAGUAUAAACAACAGUUGACUAAAGCAUUUGAUGAUUUGCAUUUAAAAAAAUUAAAAUUAAGCGAAUGGACUUUUUUGGAAGAAUAUUGUCAAAUCAUGGAACCAUUAGCUAUAUCACUAGAUAAGUUAAAAGGUGAAAACAAUAGUUUUUUGGGGUAUGUAGCUCCAACUAUUUUAGUUCUAAGGCGUCUGUUAAUAUCUUUUACAGAUUUGAAAUACUGUAAACCAUUAAGCUUUGCUAUUAUUCAAGCUAUUGAAACUCGUUUUAAUUAUAUAUUGGAUUUAAGUCGUCCAGAAAGUAAAGACUUUAUUAUAGCCUCUAUAAGUCAUCCCAAAUUCAAGCUAAGUUGGUUACCACUUAGGUAUAUGAAUUUAUGUAAGAACCUAUUUAUAACUGAAUGUUGCUUAAGAAUGAAUACCGAAACCAAAUCAACAAAUUUGACUAUUACACAAUCUGAUAAGGAUGACAGUGAUGAUGAUUUUUUCGAUAGUAUUUGCAAUGACAACGAUUUUACCAGCCCAUCUGAAUCCGAAUCAAGAAAUUCUAAUUUCGCAAAUUUGCAAGCAUUAUCUUUCUUAAAUUUGAAAAAAAAAGAUCUUGACAUUUUAAAUGAUUUUCCAGUAAUUAAAGAAGUAUUUUUAAAAUAUAAUACUACCAUUCCAUCAUCGGCAGCUGUAGAGCGGCUAUUCAGUAAAGCUGUUCAAGUGUUAACAACAAGACGCAAUCGACUCAGUGAUGAUACAUUUCAAAUGCUGUUAUGUUGUAGAUCAAAAUAUGAUUUAUAA